UGUAGUUUGUAGGACAAAAAAUCUCAAAAUAGAAAAGACGAGAAAAACAACACGUUUUAUGAAAUUUGAGUGGGUUUAUUGCUGCAAAUCUAUUGAAUUUCUCGAUUUGUUGUAGCGGUUGUAUCUGCAAAUAACCUAGCAAGAUGGAAGACGGAGAAAAAGAGCAAGGGAAGGCGGGUGCGAAGGACCGCAGCCCGUCCCCGGCCAUCAAGUCGACGGCGGUGGUGAAGUACACGUCGGUACAGAGCCCGGUGGAGUAUGCCCGGCUGCAGUGCAACACGGACCUCAACCUGCCUCCGCUGAACUGGGGCGCCGCUAUAGACUCGUAUGGGCUUAAGCAGAUCUUGACCAGAGGGACUGGGCUGUCCAGUUUCCGUAUGGCUCACAUGUUUCCUGACUCGGUGGGCGAGGUGGAUGUCAUAUCCGGGGCAGAGUGCAUCAAGAAACUCCUCAAGCUACCACACCAGCCUAAAGGGACUGUGAGCAUGGUGGUGCACCGUAUCCACAACACGCUGCUGCUGGACGAGCUGGACGUGUACCGCUACCUGGUGAAGAGCGAGUGGGGCUGGCUGCGGGACUUCUUCUACGAGAACAUCAUGAAGACCAUGACGGAGCAGGAGCGCACAACCCUAAUGAUAUCGGACCAGGCCCACUCGGCGAUGCAGCUCACGCGCAAGUUCCUGCAACACUCAGUGACGUGCGCGCCCGCCGCGCCGCCCGCCCCGCCCGCGCCGCCGCCGCUGCAAGGUCCUUACCUCCCUGAGCCAGAAGCACCCCAAGCCGAAUCAGAGACCCCCAUCGACCAAACAGACCAUCUCUACAACCGCAACGUGCUAUGGACCUUCGAAGACAUUCAGAUGCUCAUCGGAUCAGACCUGCCGAUCUUUGGAGGCAACGACCGCCCCUGCGUCAGUCUAAGACUCAGAGACGCGAGGGAACCCAUAAACGUACUUACGGGGAUCGACUACUGGUUAGAUAACCUCAUGUGUAAUGUCCCAGAAGUGUUGAUGUGCUACCAUCUGGACGGGAUCGUGCAGAAGUAUGAACCGAUGAAGACUGAGGAUCUGCCUAAUAUGGAGAAUUCUAAGUUCUCGCCGAAGGUUAUAAGGAAUGUUGCGCAGAAUAUCUUGUCGUUCCUGAAAGCGAAUGCUACGAAGGCUGGACACACGUAUUGGCUGUUUAAAGGUCCGCACGACGACGUAGUGAAGCUCUACGACCUCACAUCGCUGUGUCCCGAUGCCCUUGACAACCCCUUCACCACGCCCGUGGCCAUGCUGCUGUACCGUGUUGCACGGAACAUGAGGCUCACUAACAGGUCCAAGCACGUGAAGCAGCUGCUAGAGCAGGCCAUCUCGCUGCUCCGCGCCGAUGCGCACGCGCAGAUCGUGGCGUCCGCGCACUACAUGCUGGCGGACUUGUUGCUGCCCGCCGCCACCGACCCCGCGCGCCCCGAGUUCACCGAGGAAAGCCAAAGCGAGUCUGACGCAGAAGAGCCGUGCUACGAGUCUGAAGAGGACGAGUCUAACGCACGCGAUCUCGCGCUGAGUCAUAUAGCCGACCGCGCGCACCACACGCACACGGGUCCUAAGUCCAGAGAGAAGGAGAGCGAGCCUCUCGGCACAUCUCCGCCGGACCGCUGCGGCAAGGCGCUCCAACACGCGCUCAAGGGAUUAAUAGCACUGCAAAGCGUGCCCAUUGACAAGUGCAAGGAGGAAGAAAGAGAGCGACUCCGCCAGCAAAUAAUAAUCGAAGAGCAAUCGCCCAAAAUGGCGAACCCUUACGAGCCAAUCAAAAUGAACUACGAACCGUUACGCAGAAAACUUGACAGUUCCGAACCUAAAGAGCACCAAUCACGAAGCAGGAGACGACGGCGGGAAAGAAAGAACACAGAUAAGACAAACUAUCAAAUAGACACACAGAGUAAUGUGGACAAAAACGCGAUACAAGUGCGCAAAGAAAACAACGUAUACCCAUCUUGGCAUGAGCCGAAUAGAGACGAUAAUUUCGCUUGGAAGUUGCAUUUAAAAACGCUUUUGUAUGAGAAGAUUUGUCUAGCGUUUGCAACGUUGGCCGAACACAGCUAUUCUCAUGAGGCUUUUGGGUUUUCCUUGAAGUAUAUAGAUUUGGCGUCCAAAUGCCAGAAUUUGUUGAGUAAUAUGAUUAUAAAGAGUCGGAUUGUGGAUGCCAGCUGUCUGCUAGGGAGGGUUGGGGAUAAUUUCUUCCAGUUAUCGAAGAAUUGGGCGAGAUUGGAUCAAUUUAAGUUGCAGUUUGAGAAAGAUCAUGAGGUGGACAGUAAACUGCGGGCGGAGAUAGAGAAUGACGUGUUGGAGGAGACCGAGGGCGUGCUUGAAGACGAGUUCAAUCUAGAUCUAUCCCUACCAUCCGACGAGCUAGACUCGAUGGUCCGCUCCUGUGAGUACUACGAGCGCGCGCUCAACGUGACCGCCGAAGGGAAGAAGUGCGAGUUAUUGAGGCGACUGGCGUCCGUGAAGAAUGAACUGGGAGUGCGGUAUAUGAAUGAGGCACAGACAAUAUACACAAAAGCCCUUGAAGAGACCGACGAAGAAGACGCAGAAAAACCAAAACAGACUCUCAAGCAGUUCACUCAGUACUGCACGAAGUCGUGGGACACUCUCCAGGAGGCCUCCGAUAUCUUCGAGAGAGUUGGAGACAUGCCUAACCUAGCGCUGUUGUACUGUAACAAAGCUAGGUUUCUGAGGUUCCGGGCUAACUGCGAAAUGGAAGGGUUUAGUUCAGACAAGCGCUCCUACUACUCAAAAGCGGAAGACUUAUACCAGGCGGCUUUAAAAGUACUAGGGAGCCAGGAGUCGGGCGGCGGCGCGUCGGUGCGCGAGCUGGUGCGCUGGGAGCUCUCCUCGCAUCUGUACACCAAGGCCGCGCACAUGCAGGACCAGCCGCCGCGCCAUGAGGUGAACGAAGUAGCUGACGCCCUGAAGCUAUCCCUCAAAUACUGCCGCCUGACGCCGGGCCCCAGACAGUACCUGUACCAGUUCCGCGCCGCCAUGACGCUGCACCGCCUCGCCUCGCUGUACCACGCGCAGUACAGAUGCACAACAGAAGAGGGCCCGCGCCGGCGCACCCUACUCAACGCGACUCGCUCCAACUACGAACAGGCCUCGAACCUGUUAGCGGCCUUGGAGGAAGCCGCCAUGUUCCUCACUGUGCAGCUGGAGCACGUCGCUUUGUUGGAGACCAACGCCGCAGUAUCACCAAACUUGAAGUUGAAGUCGCUCCAAACGGCCCUUCAGCUCCUCCGCCAGUGUCAUUCCAUAAUGAAGGUCAUCAAGCAACGCGACCCCGACGAGAAACCCACCCCAAACCCCGAACAAGAAACCCCAAAACCCGAGGAAGAAACUGGCUGCAGAAGCGAAAUUGCCCUCUUAACUUUGUACGAAAAUCGACUGCACUGUAUACUAAAGAGUAUAAUACAGUAUUGUCGAUCGAAGUCUAAUAAGGAUUAUGAGAAAUUGACGGAUAUGUAUAAGAGGCUGUACUGUGCUAGUUUAAAGAUUAAGAAGGAUGAUGAUGUGAGGAAGUUUGCGGAUAGUAUAUGUGAUGUUCUGACGGCUAUGGAUGAGAUUUCUAAGCAGUGUGAGCAGUAGAGUUUUAGAUCAUAGAAGAUUUGAGGUCAUUUAUCGAAACGAUCUUUGUAAUUUCUUUAAGUUUCAUUAUUCUUCUCAGUAGGUAGGAGGCAGAUAGUAGUUAUUUAAUUUAAAUGUGAGAGAAUGGUGCAAAAAUAUAGUCGGUAUUUUAAUAAGUAUAAAAACAUAUCUCGAUUAGGCCGGAGGUGGUUUUCCACCGAUUCAAUUCUCGUCUCGCCUCGUCGGUGGAAAAUUACCAUUAUUAAGAUCAUCUCAUACGUGAAGAAACGCAAACACAAACAAAGGCUUUGUUUUUGUUAAAAUGCAUUCAUUGCCUACGACAUUUUUUUACAAUUACUUAAGUACUGAAAUAAAAUAUAAGUAUAUUUUUUAUGGCAUGAGAUGACCAUUUUUAUAGUAGAUUUUAACUGAGCAUACGGAAAAAGUCUAUACUGUGCAAGACUGAUGAUUUUAACUAGUUGGUGUAGCCAUAAAAUAAGUGUUAUAGUUUUAACAUAAUGUUUAAGUAAAUAAAUGACUGUUGAAAAUUUUA